CACAGAGGGGACAAACAAAGACAGACAAAGGGAUUAAGUCGAUUACAUCGACCCCAGUGCGUAACUGGUACUUAAUUUAUCGACCCCGAAAGGAUGAAAGGCAAAGUCGACCUCGGCGGAAUUUAAACUCAGAACAUAACGGCAGACGAAAUACCGCUAACCAUCUCGCCCGGCGUGCUAACGUUUCUUCCAGCUCGCAACAGAAUAUGCUUCAACACACAAACUCGCAUAAAGAAUCUUGCAAACCAAAUCCCAAAAUGAAAUGUAUUUAUAUACAUGAAAUGUCUACAUUAAGGUUUAAAUUGGUCUUGCUUCUUUUUUUUUUCUCCUGUAACGUCAACCGUCCAAUGCGCAUGCUCAGCUACAAUACAUCCCAAACAGGAAGAGUAUACCACUAAAUUGAAUUUCAUUCAUCCGAACAAUAGCCUCUUACUGUAGAAAAUCAUGGAAAAGAAGAUGUAUAUAUAAUAUAAUAUAUAUCUACUCACACACAUUACAUUAAUUUCCAGGUAGCUAGGAUACAUUCGAAGAGUAUAUAAGAGACAAAGUUGGCUGGGGCAAAACGAGUAAGAAUGUCUGAUGGUAUUGACAGCAGAAGCAAUAUAGCUUGAGAUGAUGGUUUAAAGAUUAAAGGAACAUGUUAUACAAAGCAGAUGUAAUUAUAUUCAUAUAAACGUCUGGUGGAAUUACCAUGAAAUAUUUCCAGAAGACAAGGAUAUUUAUUUGAAAUACAAUAUAAAAAUGGAAAGGAAAAGGGAUCAUAAAAAAGAAAGGAAGUUUAUGGAAAAUGUCUGAUGUUUGUGCUGCAUUAAAUGUGAAGAAAGAAAGAAAAAGAAGUGAUUUACUUGAUAAGAUGUCAAAAAAGAACGGUAAAACUUCAUAUCAAUGUGAUAUUUGUAAAAAGACAUUCCAAAAACAAUGUAUUCUAACUAUUCACAAAAAAGGUCAUUCAGGAGAGAGACCAUUUCACUGUGACAUCUGUGGUAGUUUAUUCUUGUUGAAACAUAACUUAACUGUACACAAACGUAUUCACACAGGAGAGAGGCCUUACAGCUGUGAUAUCUGUGGUAAAUCUUCGGCGCAAAGUGGUGACUUAAAGGCUCAUAAACGAACUCACACAGGAGAGAAACCCUAUUGUUGUGAUAUCUGUGGUAAAUCCUUUUCACAAGGCAACCAAGUUACUAUACACAAACGCAUUCAUACAGGAGAGAGACCAUUUCACUGUGACGUCUGUGGUAAAUCCUUCACUGGGAGUCAUGUCUUAAAGACUCACAAACACAUUCAUACUGGAGAAAGACCUCAUCACUGUGAAAUCUGUGGUAAAUCAUUCGCUCGAAGUGAUCACUUAGCUGCUCACAAACACAUUCAUACAGGAGAGAGACCUUAUCAGUGUGAUGUCUGUAGCAAAUCAUUCUCUUAUAGAAGUACUUUCAUUUCUCACAAACGUAUUCAUACAGGAGAGAAACCAUAUCAAUGUGAAAUCUGUGGUCGAUCAUUCUCUCAAAAAUCUGGCUCAGUUGUACACAAACGUAUUCAUACAGGAGAGAAGCCAUAUCGCUGUGAUAGUUGUGGUAAAUCAUUCUCUCAUCCAAAUACCUUAACUACACACAAAUGUAUUCAUUGCGGAGAAAAACCAUAAAACGAUUUCUAGUCAAUCAUAAAUCCUUUAAAAGUUAUUUACAUGUGAUGUGUACGUGCAACAAUUGAUCGGAAGCUCUUGUUACAUCUGUGCUAUCUCUACAUAAACAAUUGCCCAUAAAUAAAUGUUGAUUGGUUGAAUUCACAACGCCCGGUCUGGGAAUCGAAACCGCGAUCCUAUGACCGUGCGUCCGCUGCCCUAACCGCUGGGCCAUUGCGCCUCCACGUGUAUGUAUAUCAUAUAUAUAUAUAUAUAUAUUUAUAUAUAUAUAUAUAUAUAUAUAUAUAUAUAUAUAUACACACACACACACUGUACCAUGUGUGAGAGCUGAAUACGUGACUGCAAAUCAGUAGACACCCCAGCAGUUAUCAUUUGACAAUUCACAACAGUAUUGACCACGAAGUAGUUGUAUGCUAUCAACUUAAUGUGAGUCCCCUGAAGGGAAUAAUACUACUGUUGGGACUGUCACAUUAAGUUGAUAGCAUACAACUACUUCAUCGUAUCACUACUGCAUAAAUCUCUUUGAGAGAUUUAGAAAUGUAUUAUUUCUAAAAGUAUUGACCACUCCAGAAUAUUCCAAUUCUUUAUUCUUGAUGGCCUUAACUCUUCUUCUCCCUCCAUCCUCAAUUACUAUUAGUUUUACCUCUAUUUUGGUCUUUAUCUUAUUUACUUUUUCCCUUUGUCUUUGCCUUCUUCGUCUUAUAUACACAUGCUUUUGAAGUUUUUUUUUAUAUAUAUAUAUAUAUAUUUUCGUUUUUUGUGUGUAUAUUUGUAAGAAAAAUAUUUUUGCUAUUUAAGCAACUAGUAAAGCAUAUGUCACAGGGACACAAACACAUCGGUUGUCAAGUGAUGGAGGGGUGGGGGACAAAGACACACAUACAUAUACGACAAGCUUCGGGCGAAAUGCUUGGCGGUAUUUUAUCUGUCUUUACGUUCUGAGUUCAAAUUCCGCCGAGGUCGACUUUGCCUUUCAUCCUUUUGGGGUUGAUAAAUUAAGUACCAGUUACGCACUGGAGGUCGAUGUAAUCGACUUAAUCCCUCUUUCUGUCCUUGCUUGUCCCCUCUAUGUUUAGCCCCUUGUGGGCAAUAAAGAAAUAAGAUUCCAUCUACUAAAUCCAUUCACAAGUGUUUGGUAGCCUGAGGGCUAUAGUAGAAGACACUUGCCCAAGGUGACACACAGUGGGACUGAACUCAGAACCAUGUGGUUGGGAAGUAAGCUUCUUAUUACACAGCCACACAAAACCUUGCAAUGAAUGUGUGUGUGGACAGUUUAGCACAAAGGUUCCAAAAUUCUUUCAGAUUGCUGCUCCAACUUGGCUCCCAGGCCACAUUCCUAGCACCCACCACCACAAGCAUAGACUCCUUCCUAAUGCUAAUUUAAAACAGUUGUAUUUCACAAAUAAAAUUUACCUUAAUUAACCCU